AUGGGCUCUACCCAAUUCAACAAUGCCUCUUCGAAGACAAAGUGCAUGAUCUACAUUGACUUCAGAUGCAAAUGUGACAACGAAACCCUUGGGCAGACCAGAACUACUCUCGACGAAGCACGCCAGAAGGUUAACAAUGAGGACGUGAACCGCGAAGAAGCCAAAUUGUACCAAGCCGUCAUGAACGCCCUGGGUGUAGUCGAUGAGGUCUAUGCCAGAUACAGCAGCAUGUACCGGGCGACCGAGGCAUGGACAGAAAGUCUCUCUGAGGAGAAGAGAGAGUUCGUGAAGGCAAAGCUGAAUCAGACUUUGAUGGACUUGCAACAAUCAGACCGAGACAAAACGUGUCAACUCGGGGGCCUGCAGCAGGAGAUGUGA